AUGUUAAUCAAGUCUGAUCUAUCACUACCUAGAACAAGCCAUGUGCAGAAAUCUGGAAGACGCAUCUAUAAAUUCAAAAACCGCUAUGAUAAUUCGAUUGUGGAGCUCGGACCAGUGUUAGUUGGCUGUCCACGUUCCGCUCUUCGUAACAAAGAUACGAUCGGUGAUGAGUGUAACAAUAAAAGAAAUGAAUUGAAUGAUCAUGCGGAACGUGGCACAUCGUAUGGUACGUUAGUAUGCUUUUAUAACUGUGGCAUUGUGAUAGGAUACGAUGAAUCAGUUCGGUCAGAGAGUCCACGCCGGCUACUUCGCCAUCUUAUUCGUUUGGCGAAGAUUAUUGAACUACCCAAGGGUAUUAUGUAUGAUAACGCGUGCAGUAUUCAGUUGUACAUGCAAAGUCGUUACGAUUCGGAUUAUUUCAAACGGUCUCCAAGUGCAGAUUAUUUAUUUAAGACCGUUCGUUUUGUACUUGACAAUUUUCAUCAACGAACACACAAACGACGUAUGUGUCAAGGAAGAAUGAGAUCAAGUGAUCCAUCACAUGGUGGCAUGUUUGGUCAAAUCGCAGAGCAAACUUUCAAAUUUUUUGCAACUUUAAAACUCAUUGGCAUGUCGAUUACCAUGAAACACAGCGAUGUUACCGUCUCAAAUUCGAAUCUUAAUGUUGCAACGGGUGAUAUUCAUCUUGAUUUGUCAGUCGCUAAGGAUGAAAUCGAUUAUUGCGAAGAUAUACCCAUGUUGGAUAUAUCAUGCGACAAAAACCAUAUUAAACACCAUUCAAAUUCGUUAAACACGUCGUUGUCCGAUGACAAACAACUACUACAAAGUGUGUUAAAAUUUGAGAUGGAACAUGGUUUGUCUGAAUCAAUUUCGAUACUCGUGGAAUGUACGGACGGUGAACUUCUUACCUGUGCUGCUCUGAUUGAGAAGUUUGAGAACGCCAAGGUAUCGGUUGAUGAACUACAACGGGCUACGGUGCAUUCGGGGGCAGGUGAUGCUCAUUAA